AUGUUGCCCCUGAUGCAUGCUCCAGUUGGUAGGAAAACAGCGUACUUUAUUACAGGACUGGACCCGGCACUUCCAAUGUUCAUCGCAAAAGAUUCCACGAAUCGUUUACACCAAAGCGACGCCGUGUACGUUGAUAUAAUCCACACGUGUGCAGGAAUUCUUGGCAUCAGAAGUCGUAUCGGCCAUGCAGAUUUUUAUCCAAACGGGGGCUUCCAGCAAUCAGGUUGUUGCGAUGUGGUUUGUUCCCAUAGUCGAGCCCCAAUUUACUACUUUGAAUCUGUGCUACGACCUUCGGGAUUCAAGGCUUUGCAAUGUGAUUCUUGGAAACAUUUUCUGCAUGGAGAGUGUAACAUGACAUCCUAUGCAUUGAUGGGAGAUGCUAGUGAUAUUAGAUCUCGUGGUGCAUUCUACCUACGGACACUCAACUAUACACCAUACUGCAUGAGUAUUCAGGGACUUGGUCAAUUCACACGAUUUAGAACAAUAAACAAACUCGAAGGGAUUUCUUAA